UAUGCAUCGUGGUAAGAGUGAUAACAGGAGGGAACGAAAAGAAGACUCUUUUGACAUUUGAUACAAAGAGCACCCGACCAAACAAUCUAAAUCAAUUUCAAAAAGUCAAAAUCGUCACUUUAAUCGUUAACUUGAACAAGACGAAAGAGAUGAACAGUAACGGCAGAAGAGAUAUCGAAGAAAAGGGUUUGAUCUGGAAGCUUCCUCAAAUUAAGCUCAAGGACCUCGGCAAAGUGGGCCCAGCUUUCGGCGCCGGCAUUGGUUGCGGCGUCGGCGUCGGUGUUGGUCUUGUCGGAGGUAUCGGCAUUGGUCCUGGAUUUCCUGGACUACAGUUUGGGGCUGGCUUCGGUGCGGGAUGUGGAAUUGGUGUUGGAUUUGGCUAUGGCCUCGGUAAGGGUGUUGCUCAUGAUGAUUAUAGGAGAUACUCUAAUGUUGGGAAUUCGGAUGUGCUUGGUGCUCUUGUUGACGAACUUGCAGUUAAUACCAAGAAGAUAAUUGAAGUGACAUCAAGAGAAAUUGAGAAGUGGAGAAAUAGCUAACUUUGACAAUCACUUUGACUUCAAUUUGCAUUAAUUAGGCACCUUUCAGUUACAGUAUUUUAGCUAUACAUAUGCAUGCAUUAUAGAAAGUAGUUAUUUGGCAAUGCAGUUUGCUCAUGUACCUAUCAUAUAAGGUUUAAUGCAAAGGUGUAUCUGAUAGAAUGAUAUUUGUUUCAAAUUAAUGCUUCCUAUAAUCAUUGUUUGACAUGCUGUUGCACUUGACUUAUGAAGGUCUAUGGUCUCACCAUUUGAAUA